AUGAAUCGAUCUAGAUACAAUUCUAUCUACAAUAAUGCUGAAGCACCUAGCAACCUAUAUUAUUAUUAGUCGAGUUCUAAGCAGAACACCUGUAUUUAAAAUAGUCCUUAGAGUUUAAUUAAUGCAAGUCAACUACUUGUUUAGAACUUUGAGAGUUCUUGUAGGAAGCAUAGAUAAUAGGUUAAUCUGGCUAAAAUACAACAAGAGAUAUAAAGCUAUGCGAACCCUUUAUCAAAGGAAUUGAAGUCUCUCUAGAAUGAAAGACUGAGGAGGAAAUAAAAAUCAACAAAUGGAGGAGAUGAAAUAGGAGAAUCUCAAGAUAUAAACGAGUAAACUUUUUCAGAGUUGAAGCAGAAGCGACCAAAGGUAAUGAACAUGUCUUUUAAGGAAAAAAGAGAAUCUAUUUUAAGAAAAAAAUCGCAAAAUAACAGAGAGCCCAGUGAAGAAUCGCAUAAAGUUAUUGAAAAUUGUAAAAGAAAGCUGCAAAAAUUUGAGAAAUAGUGGAUUAUAUUCAAAGAAAAUCUGGAAACCCAUAAUAAUCCACUUUCAGCUGUUAAAGAAUAGUAUGCAAAUAAGCUUAUCAAAGCAGAUAAAAAUUGCAGAUAAAUUAAUGAGGAACUAGCCAAGACACUCGUAGAACAAUUAACUCAUAAUGGUUGUGCAACUGCAAGCAGGGCUAGUAGGAAGAAUACAGGGAAUGGAAUAGUCGGUUCUUUUUACAGAACAAGAUCAUAGAGCCCAGGUUUCAAUACCAUCUUAAAAACUGAAUUAGGUGAAAAAGAGUCUAAAAUAUUCACAAAUCAUCAAAAUAACUUAAAUAGCUCUUUGAGAAAAAGCCAGGGUCCAAUUCUGACUCAAAUCAGCUAAAACUUUGAGGAAAAAGUACUAAAGCAAAUCUAAAAUAUAUAAACAUCGUUAUUCACUACUCAAAGCAAUAGCAAAUAAUAGGCAUCAAGAAAUACGGAAGAUAAACCUAUGAAAGUUCUCUCAACUUAGAUUAAAGCCCCAUUUAACAAAGCAAAUUAUUUUUCUGAAUAGCUUGAAAGUGACUAGUUAAGAAUAGUUAAUAGAGGGCCAUUUAAAAACUUGAACAAAAGACAAUCUGUCUGCAAUACAAGUCAAAAACCACAGUUAGCUCAUUAAUCCUUUUAGGUGAGGAUGACUUCGAAAUAGACAGAUCAGCCUGUAGCAAAAAGAUAAAUGUCUGAAAGAAGUCUGGUGAAAUCUAAUAUGAGCUGCCAUAAUUCAGUCUAAAAUCUUAUUUAAUGUUCUCAAGCUAAUCUUCAAUCGUUUGAGACCGACACUAGAGAUGAGUAGAUCCAGCUAGUUCAGAGAAGUUUCAUGACAAAGUGUAAGAUGAUGGGUGACAAGAAUAUGUCUUGCUCAUCCCAGACAAAUUUACGACUAAAGAAUAGUCAAUAGUAAUAGUAGCAAUAGUCUCAAGAAUAUAGGCCUUUAAACUAAUCAACCAACAUUUCAUUAAACAAUGUAAAUUCACUUUCCAUAUCAUCAUAGAAGCCUUAACAUACAACUGCAAGUAAUGUUAUUAGUAAUAUGAAGACCAUUAACUAUUAGUAAGCAAGCAAAAUGAAAAAAAUCAAUGCAAAAAUUACCUAUAACUAGGUCUCGGGUGAUUCUACCACUGAUUCCUCAAUACAAAGAUCGCCAGACAUGUAAAGGGAGAGUAAAUUCUAAACAAUUCAGCAAUAUAACCUUGUUUGCAACACUAAUAGCAUAAAUAACCGAAACUAUCAAAAUCUGAAGAGCUACCAGAGCUAUUUGUCCUAAAACAUUAGUAAAAGAGCAUCCUAAUUAGAUUAAUCUAAAACUCUUGGACAUUAGCCCAAGCAGCAAUUGUCUGCUUAGGGUCAUCAUUAAUAUAUCAUUAACAGUUAACAAAAAACUUAAGCAAACAUCCAAUUGAUUAGAAAAAGUGAAAAUUGGCCUCAAUAUUAUUAGAGUAAUUAAUGA